UGAUUUUCUAAGUUACGACCCUUUGAGUGGCAGUGAAGGCAGCAAACACUGUUCGUUAUGUCAUUUAUCAACCAUGGCUGCACCCGUCGCUCUUAUUCAAGGUGCGAGCAGAGGACUGGGCUUUGGAUUCUGCAAAUAUAUACUUAAAAAUAAAUCACUCGCUACUGUUGUAGCAACAUGUCGAAACCCGGACGGGGCUGCAGAAUUGCGGAGCCUGGCCGGCCAACACCCGGGCCGACUGAUGGUCCUCAGACUGGACGUGAACCACGAGGAGGACAUCCGCGGAGCUGCAGAGAGGGUUAAGGAGAGUUUCGGUCGGCUGGAUCUAGUCGUCAACUCCUCGGCAAUGCUUCACCCUUCGGGGAAAGGAGAGACCAGCUUGAGGGAUGUUUCUGCACAGGGUAUCAUUUCCACCUUAACGACUAAUACAGUGGGUCCCCUGGUCAUGGCCAAGUAUUUCUCCCCCCUCCUUCUUAAGGGCAGUGGUGGAUUUGGUCAGCAGCCUGCAGAGAAAGCCAAACAGCACAGCGGGAUCAUUGUUAACAUCACAGCGAAAGUGGGAUCAAUUGGAGACAAUGGUCUUGGAGGUUGGUACAGCUACAGAAUGUCUAAAGCAGCUCUUAACAUGGCCACUAGGAAUUUGUCUAUAGAGCUGGGCCGCAGUCGACCCAAGGUUGUUUGUGUGUCCCUACAUCCAGGAACAGUGAACACAGACCUCUCCAGGCCUUAUCACCGGAAUGUGCCACAAGACAAGCUGUUCAGCGCUGAACACUCUGUGAACUGUCUAAUGAGCAUCGUUGACACACUAAAUAUAGAAAAGACUGGAAAAGCGUACAGCUGGGAUGGAACCGAACUCCCGUGGUAGAAUUUCUAAGAGAUGAAUUUCACCACUUCUGGUCUUAAUGGUGAAUUUCUGAGCAGUGUUGAGACAAUGUGGAGAUGAGCUGGACUUCAUGCUAUUGCUGUACAAGACAUUUGUGCUCAAGUGACAGUUCAGAUGGUCAAUGAAAAAACUAUUUUACUACCUCAUAAUUAUCCAAAGUGCUUAAAUCAUCUGUAGCACAUACAGCUUUUGUGUGAAGCCAUUAUUGACAAUGUAUCUGGUUUCAAUAUUUCAUACAACUCUCAUAUAAUUUAGUACUGCUCAUUUUAAUGGUAAAAAUCAUGUAAUAUCUCACUAAUCUUGACGUCUUUCCCCAAUUCAGUAAUAUCAUCAGGUGGUUUGUAUUAAAGGUGAAUAAAUUAUCUGACUGUUUAAAAUUUGUGGUUGCAUUACACACACAAGCAGUCAUUUUGGAAACAAGUGCUGUGGACAUACAGUAUGUUUUAAGAAAAAAAGAUUGCAUGGCUGGAGUUAAUCUGCUAGUACAUUCUACAUGCAAAUGUUGCACAAAGACUAACUCCUAAAGAUAAAAUAAUAAAAUCCUUUACAUAGGAUCUGUAAGAUUUUUUUUUUCAUCCACAUCAAGUCUGAAACUGAUUGUGAUAAAAGUUAAUCCCAAAUAAUCUGACUCUUUAUGAGAUAUAAAGAUGAAGCUAUUUGGCAACUGGAAAAACCCCAGCAGUCAUGGCUCAGUCUGUUGCAAUCUUCCACCAGAGGUGUAGUCACAAAACAAUUGGUGCUUUCACCACCUCAUAUAUUCAGAAAAAGUUAAUUUAAUAUCAAAUCAAAUCACUUUUAUUGUCACAUCACAUGUGCAGGUACAUUGGUACAGCACAUGUGAGUGAAA